UUCACAAUGGCGAUUAGACUUACCUUAUCAGUAUGUUAAUUAAGCGUAACAAUAACACAAAUAAUGACCUAUCGUCCUUGCCGUUUGCAAAGCAGGAGUCGUCAGUGAUAUGAACCAGCAAAUAUGUUUAAAGACAUAUUUGUUUUGGUAGUUUGCAUCUCUAUACAAGCUCCGUUAUUAAAAUGUGACGUCCAUGUCUUUGUAAGCCCACGAGGGUCAGAUAGCCAUGAUGGUCUGACGGAUACAACUCCCGUGAAGACAAUACCAAAAGGUUUAGCUGUUGCCUCCCUGUCCAAAUACAACAAUGAAACUGUAUAUAUUGAGCUGAUGCAUGGUUUCUAUGAUUUAACGCGAACUUUGUACCUGUCAAGAAGCAAUACUAUUGUUCGAUCUUACAAAAACCAGGAAGUCCGCGUGACUGGCGGGCAUCGUAUACCUACCAGUGCAAUUAAGCACGUGACUGACAGUAACAUUCUUUCAAGAUUGCCUGCUAAAUCACGUGCACAUGUCCGUGUUGUCAAUCUACAUGAUCUUAAUAUCAAAAACUUUGGACAUUUUGAAGAAUAUGGCUCUGGUUUGCACAGACAUUCGUCGCUAGAAAUGACAUUUAACGGACAGCCUCUACAUGUAGCUAGAUGGCCCGAUAAAGGUUACAUUGAUAUUGUCGAUGUACCUGAUGGAAGAAAUGGUUUGAAAUUUCGCUAUAAUUCUACAGUACCGCAAUUCUGGCAUAACGAGAGUGAUCCUUGGGUGUACGGCUUCUGGUAUUAUUGUUGGUCUGAUAGAUCAGUAAAGGUGACAUCAAUUAACUCUACUACAAACACUGUUACACUGGCUAAGCAUGCUUUUCGUGGAAUGCGCAAAGGACAUUGGCAAGAAUAUCAAGACGGUGUUUCUAAUCACGAUGGUGGUUACUUUUACUUCAUCAAUAUACUAGGAGCUUUAGACCAACCGGGAGAAUAUUAUAUGGACAGAGAAAAUGGGAAACUGUAUUUUAUUCCACCAAAUCAAAAUGGGAAUGUUGCGGCCACAGAUGUCAUAUAUGUGUCUAUUCUUAACGACUGUAUAGUGAUUCCAUCACAUAAACAGAAUGUGCAGUUACAGGAUUUUACACUAGAAAUUUGCAGAAGGAGCGGAAUAUAUGCACCGAAUGUGAAUAAAGUUAAGGUUUUAAAUAUGCAAAUACGAAACACAGGAGGUUUAGCAAUGAGUUUUACUGGCGACUCCAGAGAAAAUGAAAUUUCAUCGUGCUUUAUACAGAAUACAUGUGGAGGAAUUUUGAUGAAUGGUGGUAACAGACGACAACUCGAGUCAUCAGGUAAUAUAAUAACAAACAAUGAGAUAGCACGAUUUACACGUGUUGGAGUAAUUGGAAACUAUGCUAUAAGUGUAUCAGGAGUAGGACAUACAAUUAAAACAAAUCAUAUCUAUGAUGGAAAGUACGGAGCCAUUCAUUUUUCAGGAAACGAUAUUGCCAUUGAAAACAAUCUGAUUCACCACGUCUGUAAGGAUGCUGGAGGUUGUGGCGCUAUAAUGUCCGGAGGUGACUGGACAUAUCGUGGUAAUACAAUACAUCGCAACAUUGUGCAUGACGUAUUACGUCUUAUUCCGGGCUUAACAUGCCAAGCAGUUCGUCUUGAUCAACAAGUAUCGGGAACAAGUGUUAUGUAUAAUUCCUUUUACAAUAACACGGAGGACAUUUUCAUCGGAGGUGGUCGCGAUAAUGAGAUCGUCAAUAAUGUGAUGUAUAAUGCUGAAAUUCGUAGCAUAUACGUUGAUUAUCGCGGUCUUAAUCACCAUGGAGACCCGGACCUUCAUAAGAGAUUGGAUGCAAUGCCAUAUAACAGUUCUUUGUGGAGCCUCAGAUAUCCAAAAUUGGCAAAUAUUCUUUCCAAAAAUGCUAGUUUGCCUGAAGGGAAUCAGAUCAGCAGAAAUGUGAUGUAUGCAAGAGAACACACAGAAUACAUACAUGGGUUAACUAGAUUUUUAUCCCACAAUACGCCAAAAUACUUCAAUAUCACCCAAACCAUAUUUUCUACGGGUAGUGCGGAUCAUUUUAGUGUGAAAGACGGUGACUUACGUGUCCGCUGCUCGUUGUUGCCGAGGGCAAACCGUGUACAUUUCAUACAGCCUUCAUCCCCUAACUCGGUUGGACCUUAUGUAUCUCCGAUUGGGCCUAUGUACAUACAUAGAGGGCGUGUACACUUGGUAAAUACAACAUAUCCGAGCAACCCAUGUACAACACAAGUUCCAAACAAAAAUCCCCCACGAGCGCCAUAUCUCCCAGACGCCUCUGGAAAUUAUGACCUGUAUCCUGUGGAACAUAUUGGUUGUUGGUUAAAUAUCACAAAGUGUAGACAUCAUACUGCCUCCGUCGGGACGUACAGAGACAUGUAUGGGGAAAGAUACCGACACGCUGCUGACAAUGAGACGAUGUGCUUCCGACGGGCAAUAGAACAAUGGCACUUUUGUGGUUCCCAUAGAGACGAGACAGUCGUAGCAAUAUAUGGGCCAACAGGUGCAGCAACAUUAGGCGGGUCUGGUUGUAUGAGAGCUACAUACGGCUGUCCGAAACACGGAGGUCCAAUUGGUGUUCAUGGCAAUACAACCCUAGGAGCGUAUCAGAACGAUAAUGGUUUCCAUUCAGAAAAAAGUUGCCUUGGACAUGCUCUAGGUUAUUGGCGUUAUUGUGGGUCGAAUCCCAAAUACCCAAUAACUUACAUAUACCUUCCAACAGGUGCUAAGAGAACAGCGGGUGGUGGAUGUUGGAUAACAGUUAAACACUGUCCAGCCCACCCAAACACAAAAGUCACAUUCUAUGACGCAUUUGGUUCAACGAACUUCCAAACAGAUUAUAGCGAGUUUGCCUGCCACAAUCAGGCGGAAUAUUACUGGGACUAUUGUGGAUCAGAUGCCAAAUACCCUGUAAAAGCAACUUAUAGACCUACAACUGCAAGCAAAACAUUUCCGUAGACGGCCUUCUCCAUUCUAUGUGCACAUGAAUUAAAACUUGAAGAUUAAAAGAAAUGGAUUGUUUUUA